ACCACGGGCUGUUGGCGCAUGCUGUGGCGGCUGUGACCAAUGCACUGGUGCGGCAGUGGGCUGUUGGUGCAGGUGCAGUGUGCUACCAGUUCACUGCGUGCGCGCUAGCGUUAUGGUGGGCCCUUGUAAACCUUCGGUGGUUGUGCAAAACCGUCGUAAAUGUGGCUAAGGCUGAUAUUGUGGAAUGCGUGACAUGCACCCCAGCUGAGGAGCUUCAAAAUGCAUGUCCGUGUCAGCAGCAACGACAUGUCGUUUGGUGGGACUAUGAACCUAACGACAAAAAAGGAAGUGGAGCACAAGUGGAAAGAUAUUCCCAAUGGGGCAUCUACUGUUCCUGCCAGUCGGUUUCACAGCUACCAUGGACGUAACCUCAUUUUGUGCGACAACAACAUGGUUGCCUACCGCAAGACGAGCUUUGCCCAUGCCUUGGCGUUCUCUGAGCAACCACUCCUUCCAGGCGAAAUCUUCCUUCUAGAGAUAGCACAAAAUGAGCGAGGAUGGAGCGGCCACAUGCGACUUGGCUUAACUCAGCAUAAUCCCGGUUGCCACUUCCCACUGCCCCAGUAUGCUUUGCCAGAUUUAGCCAACAUGGGCCACUCCUGGGUUUUUGCCAUUCACAACUCGGAACUGGACUCUGAGCAUCUUGGCAGUUCACCUUACGAACGGCUUGACCCUUCCACAUCAGUUUUAGGCACUGGUGAACACAUCUACACAAGCCGGGGUGUUGUUCCCCGGAGCAUGUUGCUUCCGACAAAGCGACCUAGGGCACCUGUGGGUGGUGAGGACGGUGUCGCAGACUUUUCUGGUGAAGGGACUUCAAUCAGCUCUGGCCUCGGCAGUUGUGGAAAGUCAAGCAUUCUUCCAACGGAUGUCGGAAGUCGAAUUGGUGUCAUGUAUGUGACCAGGGGUCAGUCAGCUGAUAUGCACUUCAUCAUCAAUGGGGAAGACCAGUUGUAUGCAACAGAUAUCCCUCACCAAGAUGCCCCUCUCUAUGCUGUUGUAGAUGUCUAUGGCACCACCAAGCAUGUUCGCAUUGUGCAGCUUUAUGGUGUGGUGGCAUCUUUGCAGAGUGCCUGUCGUGAUGCCAUCCUUCAACAUAUAUCAAGCUGUGCUGUGCGGACUUUGCCACUUCCACGCAAGCUCAAAGAGUACCUGUGUUAUCACUCAUCACGGCCACAGUAAGCACUUUGCAGCGACUCCAGCUGAAGACCACUACUUCUGCCUCAUAAUAACAAAAAUCCUUGAUAAUUUCAGAGCUUUUUCUCAAACAAGUUGUUGUUAUUGUUGGUGUUGUCUUAGAUAGGAUUGUGCCUAUGCAAUUCCUGUCAUAAGGGCUUUCUCCCUCUGUGCCAUGCAAAUGGAUCUUUUGUUAUCUGUGCAGUAUUGAACUGUUUCAUAAUGUUAUGAAGUCUAUUAUUUAUCUUGCACAUACACAGUUACUACUGGUUGUUUUCAAUGGUUGCAGUUAGGUUUUGAAGUAUCUUUAUCACUGUAUGCCGCACUUUUUGAGGUGGUGGUAGCUAAACGAAUAGGAAGCACGAACUCACAAAUUUCAUUAACAUUUCUGGUCUAGGGACCUGCGCUACGAUGUUUCUGAAUUGUGCUUGUAUGUGUGGGCACCCCUAAGCCAGAAUUUUUUCCACGUAGUGACCAGUGAUUGUUGUCCAGAGUAUUCUGCAGUGUGUUUAGUGAGCCUAUUGUAUUUUCAUAUGCACUACAUUACCUAAUAGCUUAGCACCAAUUGCUGAGCACGUGUAUUAUGGGAUUUUUCCACUGUAAACCCUUGUAGGGGCAAUAUAUGAGGUGUGUCCAGCCACCAUGCUGUCUUUGACCAUGCUUUCUAAGCAUUUUUAGUAAACUGAAUGUUAAAUGUUGUUCUGCACUGUGCUGAUGUUUGUUUUGUAAGGUACUACUGAAGACAGUGAAAUGUAGCCAGUAAAAGCCUUGUGGAGAUAAUUUUUAUGGCUAGUUACAUGGAGAAAUAUUAUUGAAUAUUAUAGUUGCUUGCACUUGAGAAGUAAGUUGUUUGAGUGAUGUGAAAGUAAUACAUUAUAGUUUUAUGUCUGCCUCAUUUCUGAUGUCUGUAGAAUAGUGUGUGUUGACUGGAGGUUAUCUUAGCAAUGUUCAAGAUGUCAAACCUGUUAUAGGCGAUAAUAGAGUGUUUUGAAAAUUCAGGUAGAAGUUACUACACCCCAUGUUUGUCCACAUGCCCUUAUUCAUAUAAUUGCCCCUCUCUCUUUUUCUCACUCUUUCUUUUUUUUUUGUUACUUGCCACACUUACUCCUGACCUGGAAUAAAAAUAUGGUUGUUGUCAAAGCCUGUUGCUAUCUUGAACAGCAAGGCUUUGAAUUUUUGCAGUUGAAAUCUCAGCGCUUAGGUUGUUAUCAAUUGUUAUUGUUAUGAACUGCUUGCUGAGGUGUGCCAACAUAGAGUAAACAUAUAUUUACAGAGUACUGUUGUUGGGUAGUUGUCUGUAAAUACUAGCUAACACUAUUUAUGCCUUUCAUGUGUGUGUGUGUGUGUGUGUGUGUGUGUGUGUGUAGUUGUUCCAUAGAGUGACAUAAUGAGGUUGUGGCUGUGUGAACUCAUGGGUGUGUAGUUUGUUCACUUGAGGUCACAUGCUGCAAUGGUCUCGCACAAGGCGCAUUACUUCAGCAUUGUUAUAUUGCCAUGUAAGUGCUGUGGCUUGUUGUGUAUAAAAUAAUAGGCACUGUGUAAGCAUCACUCAAUCAGUCCUACUGAACGACUUUGCAUGAUUAGAAUAGGCACUAUUGUUGGGCAUCUUCUUUGUAGCUUCUUUGAAAAGUGCAUGCGUGCUUGCAACUUCACUUUUUGAAUGCUUUCAUUAUGAGUGGCGUGUUGAUUUGAGCACAGGUACAAAUAAAUGUACCGUAAAUUAAGCGGAGGACACAGCUUUCUAAUCGUGAAACAUGGCCAAGAAAUAAUUUUUUUAGAAAUCAAAUGCCAUAUUUAUUAGAUUAUAAGGUGGUCAUGAUUAUAAGCCAAGGGUGCUGUUGGGGGAUCCAAGAAAAUGAACUUGGGUAUGUACGCUAAUAUAAGGCGAUAUGAGUAGCUGACAGAUUAUUCAGAGUUGGCAGGGAUUGCCUGAAAUACCAAAUAGAAGCCCCGGGAAUGAUCAGUGUGGGUUAUAUGUGAAUUUCGCUUUGAGUUGUGACUUCACGGUACCAUUGCACGUGUCUCUAUGGAAAGCGUACUUCCCAGUCUUCAAAUUGCCUGCAUCGGCCGGCUGCUCCAGGCAGCAGUGAGUGCAUGAGGAGCAAAAGUUUCAAGGUCUUGCGAAAGUUCCUGAUUGGCAGCACCCACCAUGUGACUGCAGCACGCUUCCCCUUUGGUUCCCCUAGCAACUGGCAUGAAGAUUGCCAGCUCUUUUUACUGAUGAGCCACUGAACUCUCACAAAAUGUCAAGAUCAACACAACAUAGUUUCAGCAUCGGAUCUCGCCUGUAAUAAUGUCCCGGCGACCGUUAAAGUAGAAAUACAAGACAGUGCAUAAAUUUAGCUGUUGUAAACGGAAGUCGGCAAUAACUAAAAUGUAGGCUGCUCCUGCAACUUCUGAAAACAGUGCCAGUGACAUGCAGCACAACGUGGACAUGCGGUCCAGCACCUUAAGCUUGCAUGGAACAUUGUAUGCGCGCAUAGGCAACUCCGUUCGGGCGCAUCUGGAGCCAUGUUUUGUACCAGCAGAAACAUUCGAUCAUCGUUAUGUGCAUAUUGCGGACGCUUCAAAUGUUUGGCCUGGCACAUCGUGCAGGGUCAUGACGCCCUCUACCAGCAUCAGUAGUACAAUUCCGGUUCAGUUACAACCUUGUUUUGUGUCACUGAAAGCAUCUUGUGAAUAUGCUGAGACAUUUAAAUGUCUCUAAGUACAUGCUGGCGACUGAGCUCAAUAUGAUGUGGACGGGUGAGGGUGAAUCAUUUCGGACUUUCGCCCGAGUGUGAAUUCUUUCUUGUACAAUGCACAUUUCUAGAUGCAUUUCUCAGCAGUGCUUUGUGCCAACAAUGCACUGUCUGGACUAAAGGUUGAGCAAGGUGCAAAGCAUGCUUUGGCAGUGAAGAUGGUGCUAACUAUUGCUGGAUGCAGUGCAGUCGUUAAUGAGUGAUGGUCACUGUGAACGGAAGGUAGCAAGAGAUUUUGAGGUAAAUCUUGGGGCAAUGCAAGCUAUUAAAACCACUGGAAAAAGAGCAACUGCACUGACUGAUUUUAGUUGGUGAUGAAUGUCUCACUUUGAGGGUUACACCACAAAAGGUUCCGAAAAGACCUCAAGGUAGAAUUUUAGCUUGAUGGCGAGGCUGCUGCGACUUAUGUUUUUUCUGAUGCUGUUGUGAAUUAGGCGGAACCAACAUCCACAAAAAUGUGACAGUGGUGUACGAUGGAAUGUGGAUAACACGUUGUCAUACAUCCCACAUAGGUGUGGCACCGCGAUAGAGUUUUACACAGGGUUGGUGUUCUACGGCGUUUUGCUGUCGGACUGCUGUCUGCUAGGAUGCACAUGUGUGCCAAAAACUGUCGGUGCUAACUAUGGCCAAAUGUAUGUGGAGGCAGCACUAAUACUAUUCAGGUGUUCAGUUGAAAACUACGGCUUGAGCUACACAUUGUCUGUGGUGGCGAUAGCUGAACUUUCUUGGCACAGUGUGAGUGCAAGAUUUAUAGUUUGUAGCCCUCACAAAAGAAGAUUACAUCAACCGUGUAAAAAAAGAAAAGGAUGAGAACAACUGUAAGGAGAAAAAAUUAGUACAACCAAAUUUUUUCAAUAUAUCAUUGAAAGUUUUAUGGAAGCA